AUGGCACCCAGUAUUGAUUGUGCAGUAUCAAGCCUUCUUUGUGCAGAAGAUAACAUUAGUGUUCUUUAUGACGAUGUUGAUCAAGCGGAUGUGGAGUUUGAUGAUGAAUGGAAUGGCAGAAAUCAUAGAAAUAAUGAUCAAAAUCAUAGCUUUAUUGAUGAAGAAUGUUUUACUGAUCUGCCAAUGCAGAGUGAUGAGUGCUUAGCUUUGAUGAUUCAAAGCGAAUGUGAACAUUUGCCUGCUAGUGAUUAUUUGAAAAGUUUGAAGACUGGCGACUUGGGCUUGGGGGCUAGAGAGGAGGCUGUUGAUUGGAUUGUAAAGGCUCAUUCCCGUUUCAGUUUUGGACCUCUGUGUGCAUAUUUGUCUAUAAACUACAUGGACCGAUUCCUUUCUGCUUAUGAAUUACCUAGAGGGAAGGCUUGGAUGAUGCAGUUGUUGGCUGUAGCUUGUUUGUCUCUGGCAGCCAAAAUGGAGGAGACUGAAGUUCCUCUAUGUAUAGAUUUACAGGUGGCUGAAUCGAAAUUUAUAUUUGAAGCUAGAACCAUUCAGAGAAUGGAGCUUCUUGUCUUGAGCACAUUGAAGUGGAGAAUGCAAGCAGUCACCCCAUUCUCUUUCAUAGAUUAUUUCCUUAGAAAGAUAAAUGGUGAUCAAAUCACUUCAAGAUCUUCAAUCAUUAGAUCAACCCAACUCAUAUUAAGCACAAUGAAUGGAAUUGAAUUUUUGGAAUUCAGGCCUUCUGAGAUUGCAGCAGCAGUGGCAAUGUCUGUUGCAGGAGAAAAUCCAACAGUAGGCUCUGAGAAAGCAUUAUCUGUUCUCACUCAACAUGUAGAAAAGGAGAGAGUGCUUGGGUGUGUUGAACUGCUGCACGAUUCAUCUUUGUUAAGUGGAUCAAAUAGAAGUUUAAAUGCUUGGGUCGGAUCGGUACCCCGAAGUCCAAUUGGUGUGCUGGAAGCUGCAUGCUUGAGCUAUAAAACUGAUGAUACACCAGUUGGAUCAUGUGCAAAUUCUUCUCAUAAUAGUCCAGAUACUAAAAGGAGGAAGCUAAACAGACCUGAAUUGGAGUUUUAGAUGUGGUGAUCAGUAUAUAUGUCACUUCUCUCUUGAAUCCAAUCCGAUUUUGUUGAAUGGGAGGUUUGGUGUGGUAGUGAAGGUGCAUCCAGAAAGAAAAUCGAAAACCCAAAAUGAUUAUGAAGAACAAAAUGGUUGCACAAAGGAUAGUUCAGUAAGUUGAUUCAUGGAUGGAGGAUGGAAAAUGGAAUAGGAAAUGUUCCAUCCCCUUGGCAUGAUAGAAAGUGUCAUCAGCUGUUAAAUAUUAGAUUUCUUAACAGCAACAGUAUGGGAAAAAGUUUGUCCAAAACAACAGGAAAUGGAAAAAAAAUACAUCUGUUUUGUUUUUGUUGGGUACUUUUUUUUGUAGCCUGCAAGUUUCCAUUGGUUUAUAGGAGGGAAAAAACCACCAAAAAAGGAGGAAAAACAAAAGAAAAAAGAGUCGUGAGGAAAGAAAUUGGGUGUUGUUAUCUUUUAUUUCAACCUUUAUGUUCAUUCCUUGCUCUUUAUUUUUGUAGUUUCUUUCUGAAAAU